AUGGUUCUCUACCACUCGAAUGGCCGCGUGGUCAUAGCGCACGAAAAUUACCUGGAACAAGAAGCCCACAAGGUGGCGACCAAAAAGAGAUAUGAGGAUCAGAUCGACAUCUAUAACAAGAGGAAUCAACCCGCAUCUACUGAGAACAUUGUGAUUGUCAUCGAAAAACAAAACUUCAGGACCCUGUAUAAUCAGACGUAUCAGACGAACUCUGAAUAUGCAUGGGAAUGGCUACCUCAUCAAAAUUCUACCGAGGAGCGUAUACUCGUGAAUCGCGCUGCAUUGAUAAGAGGAUCAACCCUUGCGGAAGAGCAUUUCCGAUACAAUCCUACCAGUAGAGAGCUGAUACUUCCUGUCUCGUGGCCAAGAAUACAUAUAACCGAUCAAGAGAGAAGCAGCGACGUAAAACUAGAGAGUGAAUUCCCUGGCCGUAUAGUCGUUGGUGGGAAGUCGCAUGUCAAGAUACUCGAUCCACAGAUGGCUUAUAUACGCUCCGACGAAAUCAAGUCGCACAUUGUGCCAUGGCUCAAAAAACUGGCAAAUCUAAUGAAGAGGAGAAACGAAGGCAAAGAAACAAAGAUUGCAGGCCGCAGGACUACCCGCGAAACAGAGGACGCCUUUAUGAACCCACUAAACGCAAAUAAUCUCCACAUGCCUAUACCAGACAACAUUCUCGAUAAGAUUCACCUCUACAACGCGAUGCUCCAACUCGGUCUUCCCAAAUUUGUCCAGCGGCCUCUCAUUGACGCACUCAUCUUACAAAUGUACAAGACUCCACUCAAUCGAUGUCAUCUCGAGACACUGGAGAUCACCGUGGGAAGAUUCAACUCGCGUGGCAUAGCCAUAUUAGAUCCAGUCAUCUGCCACUUCAUCGGAACAUACCCUUUCCGUAGAAUGGCUGACAGAUUGAAUCCCGCCACACCGGCUGAGGACAAGGAGAAGUUUGAACAUUCUCCUAAACUUGAUUCUUCCCCGACCUCUGCAGCGAAACAUUCUGUCGAUGAAACAGGUUUGCCUCGGCGACCCCUGCAUGUCGAGAGCGAUGGGCAAAUGGACUUUGCCAAAGCUCACCGUCAAACUUUGAAAUAUGUCGAUUAUCCCGCUAACCGGGAGAGAUAUCCAGCUGACACCAUUAUCCUACCUCCAGAGCUACCUGUGCUAGGCCAUAGCAUCAAGAACUGGUCUGGCCUCCGUUCCAAUGAUAGCGCAGUAGCAGCGUUCACGGGAUUUCCGUUGAAUAUUGGCAAGUCCUACAAGUUCAUUCGAAGGAAUAGAAAGGAUGGACUAAGCUUGGAGAAUGUGAGGAGUGAGCAGACGAAUCGACUGGCCCAGUAUAAGUAUUAUUGGGACAAUAGACCGGGAUUGGACGACCGUGGGACAGAAGCUCCAGAAGCCAUUGGCUCUCAAUCCAAGCCAUCAGUCGGAGAGGUAGGUCCGACCGAAAACUCAGAAAGCGAAUCGAGGUCGGCUACUCAACAGUCACCUGCUCAGCAGCAGCCGGCGACGGCUCCCUCAAAGCUUUGUCAUGAGGAAGACGGACAAAAGGACGAAAAGAAGAAUGACGAGGCUGGGGACCUUCCUCAGCACGUUGAAACGGGGCCAGGCAAAAGACAAAAGAUAGAUCCCAAAGGAGGGAAACCGGCCAAGCAAGUUGCACAAGGCAGCGGUGCAAAGGUUAAGACUCCUGGUGCUGCAGCGAAGAAGGGAAACAAGAGAGAAGCCCGAGCGCCCACUACCCGGAUGACUAGAAGUCAAACAAAAGCUGCAGCAAACAAUCACCUCGGACAAAAAGCAUCUUGCUUCCGCUAG